UAUGGUGAUCCUUUAUUUAGUAUAUUCGUCUCGUUAAAUUUAACUAAUAAGAAGCUGAAUAAGUCUUUUAUAUGAAGUAUGAUCGUGCAUAUCUUUAUCGAGAAAUAUAAUUCUUGCUAUUCAAUGGUGUAAUUAGAAAUUUGGGAAUUUGAGGGUUUGGCAACUUAAGAACUUGUUUAUGUUUGUACACCGUAUAUGUGAACACGAAGUAAGAAACAGGCGAUAGAUGAGCACAACGCUAGUAAUAAACAGUCUUCUGAAUUCAACCAAGAUGCGCAGGACUACUAUUGCUGUUGUGGAACGAGUAUACAUCAGUUCCAGGAGUAGUACCAAAAUAAUCCGAGCGUGGCGGUAACGCCCUUUCCACUUCCACCUGUCGUGAGCAUCGAAGGUGGUGACUAGUUCAUUCGUGUACUCCGUGACCGAAGCUUCCCCAGAAGGCUGCAUCGUCUCAGGAUCGCCAUUUUAUGUGUUUGGCUCUGAGACUGGGACGGUGGGUGCGUGCGGUGCAUACUACAGAGCGUAUUCCGUGCAUUAUCUGCAAGAUGUUACCCAAAUACUUUGCGCCCGACAUGUACAAGUAACGACAGGUGUCGGAGUGAGUGGAUCGGGCAGCGAAGGCUCGGGCCGAAAUGGUCCCGGAAUAGUGAGCUGUGCGUGAGUGUGUUUUCAUCGAGUUGUGCGUCGCACUGGCUUUUCACUGCUGUCACCGUUUGUUAAUACCUGUGCCAUUUGAAAAGUCGGCUUUGGGUCAAAUUACGGACGGCCUCUGGAUUCCUUGCGACACCCUCGCCACCAUCUACGAUGAGUUCGCGCAACAUACCCUCAGACAAGAUAAACCUACGUCUCAUUCUUGUCAGCGGUAAGACAAAAGAGUUCCUAUUCAGUCCGAGCGACUCUGCGGGGGACAUAGCGCACCAUGUGUUUGAAAACUGGCCGGAAGACUGGGCGGAAGAGGCAGUCGCUAAAGCGGAGAUCCUGCGGUUAAUCUACCAGGGUCGUUUUCUGCACAGCAAUGUCACGCUCGGUGCUCUUGGGCUUCCUUUCGGGAAAACCACGGUGAUGCAUCUGGUCCCACGAGAGAAUCUUCCCGAGCCUAAUUCUCAAGAUCAAAGGCAAAAAAGUAAAGGCGGAGGAAGUAGUUGCUGUUCAGCCUCCUGUUGCAUACUUUAAAAACGAAAGGAACAAAAAGAACAAACAAACAAACAAACAAAAAAAAAAAGAUGAAAAAUAAAACGUCGUCGGCUGCCCUGGAUAUAUUUUGAAUGGUCGUACCGUGUGAGAACCGGCACACGUUCAGGCUGAGCCAUGGUUUCUAAGGUUUCGAUGCUGGUGUAUCAUCGUUUUAGUGGCUGAGCUCGUGAGCAGUGUAGCAACGGCGAAAUCGUCGCACCCUUCCUUCUCGCGGAUCCAAAAAAGAAACGAAGAAAAUAUAUAACGGUGUUUUACGUUGGUUCAUCCGCGACGCAGUUUUGGGUCACCGUCCCAGGUGAACGAUUCGAUCGUCAUCGUCCACGCCGAGUAUCGUCGCGGAAGACAAAGCAGGAUUGUAAUCGUGUCGCGUUUAAACUCUCACUAAUAAAAAAAGAGAUGUAACGCGUCCAGAGCCAAACCCAUAAUACACAGCUGUCCGUUUUGUUCGCUGUUACCAUGUACUUGAUCGGUGUAUUCGCACUGAAAGUCUAUUUAUGACCCGUCGACUCACGACAGGAGACUCGUCGCGGUUCCGUUCCAGGAUGGGUUCGUUUUCGAGACACAUCGGCCGACUACGGUCUCCUGUGAUCAACGUGAACGAUAUUAAUUCUCUAGUACGACGAAAUGUCAUUAUCAUUUUCUUUUCUUUCGACGAAGAGAGAUAUUAGGACGUAGAGCCUUCGAAGGGGAUGAAACGCUCUCUUGAACGGCGCUACAAUGCUUAGAAACUCAACCACUAUCCGACUACCGCAGCGUUAAAUAGUAAUUAUUAAUUGUAGACGGGAUAUCGCGUGUGUAUGUAUGCGUGCGUGGGUGUGUGCGUGCGUGCGAUGUGCAAGGACGUGCGAGUGUAUCGCGUUUGAGGAAGAGAGUAAAGAUUUAUGUUGUGAUAUGCAGGUAGUGAAUAUAUUAUAUAUAUAUACGAUACUAUUAUUAAAAUUAUAUAUUAUAUAUAUAAAAAAAGGUAUAUAUAUAUAUAAUAUGGUAUGAGACAUGUUGACAGACAGUUUGAACUCUCAUACACGAUAGACUUUAUUAUCAUGAAUUUAAAGUAAUAUUAUGACGCCACUUUGAGAGUUUAGUAUUCUGGAUAAGAUUGCAGAGGAAAAGAACAUUGGAUCUCUAAUGGUAGUUAUAAUUAAAUAAAAAAAAAAAAGAAAGAACUCAAAUAUAUCACCUGUUAAAUCCUUCUUUUCCGAAAUAUCCCCUCUAUGGUUAUUCGUUGAUCCUCUUCGAACCCACUCCUUGCCCUCCACCGCGUCUACUUCGACCUUUAUUUUCCUUUUAAACCCUUUAUUCUGUUCUCACCCGUCCAUUUUUCAAUCGAUCGGGCCUAGGAACGUCAUUUCGUAGACCCAACGAUCAAUCCACGUUUUUAAAUCGCGAGUAUUGAUUACAGUUAGGUCCAACCAAACCACGUUACGAUAAGUUGUAGCCUAUUCUAUACUCAAACUAUGCUACUGUAAUUAAUUACUAUGACUCUUACCAAUGCAUAAUACGUGUAUAUAAUAUACAUACAUAUAUAUAUUAUAUAUAUAGAUAUAUAAUGUUCUUAUGUAGUGAAAUUCGUCGGAAUUCACGAUUGUCGGAGUUUAUUUAAUUUAUUUCGCACGAAACAUCGGCGGACAAUGUUGUACACCUGUUCGAAAUCGUCGAUAUCUGCUUGACCUCGUAAACCUCUGUAAAAAGGAUCAUGUUUCCUUGGCAGGAACAAAAAUGAUCAUGAAUAGGAAAUAUUUCUUAACAAGUUGUUUCCAAGUAUUAUUGAAGUUUUUUAUUAUAAUUGAUAAGACGUUGAGUGAUAUCGAACGAUUAUAAGAAAGUAGAUGUAAGGCGAAGAAAAAGAAAAAAGAAAUGAUACCGUCGGAUACGAACAGUGGAGUCUCGCUAUAUGACCCUGAGCAGGGAUAUAGGAGAGGGAAAAAUUGUGGAAAGACCCAUAUAAAUGGAACUCCUUCUAACCAACAAUUUAUUUCCAAAAGCCCCUAGAUUUGUAAAUUUCUAAAUUGUUUCAAUUCUAAAUUUAAUAAAAUGUGUAAAUAUAAAAAUUUGUAAAUUUGAAUUUUCAAGAACUGUCGAAUUGAAAAUGUCCAAAUUCGAAGUUUCUAAGACCCUCGAUUUAUAAAUUAAAUAAUUUAUAUGUAUGUAAAUUUAUAAAUUUCUCUAAACGGAGGAAGGCCAUUGAUAUGCAUAGUCCACGAGCCAUAUUACGAGGAGCCAUAUAGCGCGACUGCAUUGUAGUUUCUGUUCUUGCUCAAAUACGCUGAAUAAUAUUUAUUGAUUUAUUAUCGAAACAUACUCAGUUUUAAAAGGAUUAUUCGAUCGAACAAUCGGUGUAUCGAGUGCAUGCAGAUACGAAACGAUAGGUUUAUGGGGAUGGCUAGCAGUAACGAUAUUUAACGUUUCAUUAUUCUCCUUUGAUUUACGAUCGAUUUUAUUGCUCGAGAAUGCCGCUGCCUUCCGUUUGUUCAUACUUCUCUUUCUGUCCUCAUUUCUUUUUUUUUUUGUUUCUUGAAACAAUAGAGAUUAAGAGGUAGACUCUAUGAACGCUGUUUAUAAAAGUAACGAGAAAAAUGUUUAGCGCGUAAGUUGAGAAAAAGUUGCGAAUAAACAAACACUCAUGGACUAUCAUCAGAAAUAAAGUUACGAAAACAAGAAAACAAACGAUCAAGUGUAAUCGUCGAAUUAUAAAAUAUCGUUCGCCAGGAUUUUAUUCGUUCGAUCACGAGGUAGACAAACAAUAUGUCGUUGUAUACAGGAAAACGAGGAAAGGAAGCUACUCUGUAAUAAGCUUGUUGUACAGUUCCUUUGACGUUACAAUAUUACUUUAAAGUCUUGCAAAGGGAGUAGGAUGAAUGAAGCGAAAUAUAAGAAGCGAUCGUCGUCGAAGCUCUCUGUUCGUCGCCCGUGUAGAAAUCAUUUCCUUUGUUCGGACAAAUCAUUCUACGAAUUUUAUCUCUCACCUGUCAUGGGUUAUUUUUGAAACGCGUGACACGAUGAAAUCGAGCGCGAUAUGCUGUUGAAAGAAAAGGACGCUUUUCUUUUAGCAUCGUAUUAAUGUACAGGGUGUUUCAGAUUCUUUGGACAAAGCAUGGGGGUUUAUUCGUAUAGAUGUUGCGUGAAGGUUGGCUACGGACAUUUUAUUGUAAACAAGCAAAUGUAAAACAGUAGAUUUGAUAGAAUUAAUUCAUUAAGGACCAAGCAAUGAAGCAAUACAAUUUUAAUGCGUUAUUGGAAUGUAGAAUAACUUAAAUUGUUUUAUCAGAAAUUAGAACAAAGUAUGAACUGUUAGUAGACAAGUAUCACGUGACAAAAUAAAAAUCAAUCUUAAUAUUCGUAUAAUAAUUUUGUUAUAAUUUGUAAUAUUUAUGGCCAACCUUUGUACGACAUUUUGUCCCCCAUAGAAUUUUGUCGUGACAAACCUGCGACACUCCAUAUGUUCUUUGUAUAAAAGCGUAGAGAGCACGUCACGAUACGCCACCCUUUUUCGAGAAUACAAUUUUCCACCAUCGUUAUCCCUCCACCUUUUAUCCGGGUCUCUUUCUCUCUGUGUCUAUAAUUAAUGUCCGUUUUUCUCUUUAUCUUUUCUUUUACCAAGUUGAUCUCAAGUUGCACACACCACGAGCUGUAUAACGAUGAAAGAGACAGACUAUUUAGCAAAUGCCAUGGAACUUCCGAGGAAAAAGGGGGAUUAAUUUUAACGUGCUAGUGUAUCAUAUUAAACUAUACGCCUGACUCUAUUUGCUGUUUAAACGAAAAUGAUGAACUUAAAUGAAAAUAAAAUGGUAUUCUUAAAUGCAAAAAAAACGUAAUAAUAAUAAUGAUAAAUAAUAAUAAUAAUAAAUAAUAAUAAAUAAUAAUAAUAAUACUAAAACAGUCUACGAGGAAUAUAAUUACACACUUACAUCAUAUCAAAAUUCUAGCGUAUAAGAAUCAAAUCAUUAUACAUACAUACAUAGAUUUAUUUGUACACGCGUUUCGAUCAACUAUUGUGCGCCCCAUAACCAUGCCAUCAUUGUAUGUACAAUACGAACGUACAAAUCUUUGAUUCUUCAUCGACAUUGUCACGUUCAUUAUACACGAGCCAAACGAACGGAUUAGCGCGUCAUUACGAGCCGUAUAAUGGGUCGUCAACGAUCCUCGUUACGAGUUUACGUAAAAUGAGCUGAUUACAGGUUUUCAUUGAAUAGUCGCGCGAAAUACGAGAAACGGCCAAGUUGAAAUUCGAAAUUGUUUCGUUAAACGAGCUGCACGACGCGUUAACGACCCAGAAGCGUAUUUUACUUUAUAUUCGUGCGAAAUGUACAGAUUAAUUACGGAAAGAAUUCAGGAGCCAUUAACCUCUUCAAGGAUGUCGACACGUUUAGUUUCUUAAAUUCUAUUUUGGUAAUGCGUACGCCUGGAAACUUUUAAUUUGAAAUUUUCUAUUAAAAGAUUUUUUAAUUUAAAAUUUUAUAAAUUUGAAUCUGAGCGAAUAUAGGCUGGAUAUUGAUCUCCAGUGACACGAAAUUCAAAAAUCCGGAAGAAGGUUAAUGAGUAUAGUCUGCUGCAUAACUCCUGAGAUCUUUUUUGAUAUCCCGUACAGAUACGCUCUCCUUAUGUGUUCAAACGCGUGACACGUGCAUUUUACGAACAAAGGAGGCACCACGAAGAGACCGAAAGAAGAGUAAACAUAUGGCAUGUUUUCCGUUCGCCGAAAGCCAUGUAAUCAAUUCAGUUUACUUUGGAAAAGAGGUUCAAUCAAAUAAACGUACUCAUAUUGGCAUUUCUCAUCUCGGAUAGAGAGCAUUGUUAUCGCUAGUCGGACAGAUUUUAUCGAACACGGGUGAAGCAUUAUUGAUGAAUCAACGAAGAGAGUGAUAAUAUAACAAAGCAUCCCCGUGUUAUAAACUGCAGAUUACCAAGUACGUUACAAUAAUUUUAUAGCUGCUGGCAAACGCAGUAGAUCGUGUAGGAAAACGAGCAUGUAGGAAAAUCAAAAUGAUAAACGAUCUUCAAUGGUUACGGAUACUAAAUCCGUCAAAUGUUUCGUUAACACUUCGAUGGUCGCCAUUUUUAUACUUAAUGUUUUGUGUUACUAUUCUUUAUUUCAUGUAUUAAUUCAGAAAGAGUGAUGUAUAAAAGCGUGGUUUCUUUGGGAAAAAUGGCGGAGGAGUCAGUUUGUACAAAGAUGUUCAAACUAUCAGGUUUCUAAAUUCCUCAAGUCAGAUUUCUAGGUCUGCAAUUUCCUCAAUCUACAAAUUUCUCGUCCCUUAUACAAAUUAGAAUUUUUAAUAACACCAAAGUACUGUGAAUGAUUUUCGAAAUCAGCAUUUUUCCUAAAGAAGCCUACUACGCUUAAAUACAUCACUACCUCGCAACUCUGCGAGUAAAUACAAAAUUACGAGAUUUAUUUCGAUAAAGACCGUCAAAGUGUUAAAGAGAAGAAAAGAAAGAAGCAAUGAAACUUCAAGUAGAAACAUUCCAAAUUGAAACGAGUCCCACCCUCGCUCCUGUACCCUCGUUUAAUUAAUCCCACGCUCAACGAGAGAGAACAUUAGAAAUUCGUUGUUAUUCGAUGUUCGACUGUUCAAACGCGAUCGUAGAACGUACGAUGUAAUCGUAUUUUAAUGAAACGAUUGUAAUUAAUGCCUGAGAGAAAAUUUAGACACGCGAAACUCGUGUUACACACGCGUCAUGAUCUUUGUUCACACAUUGAAAUUUCACGAUACGAGCGGGAAGAAAGAGUAACAAAGAAAAAAAAAAAUAAAAAAGCAAACUGUGAAGAUGGAGGGAAAAGAAGAAGAAGAAGUGUACAAAGCGAACUAUAAUUUUAUACGGAAAUCGAAACGUAAAUGAUUUUACUUGAUAUCCGUGAACGUUCAAAUUUUCAUGCGUGACAUUACUACUUAGUAUCGAACGAGCAUUGUUAUAUAAAAAAAAAAAAUUCUGACGACUUCUGAACUGUCUUCGAGCGACAAAUCCUCUGGUCCUUCGUUGUCUUUUUUCUCAUAUUUUCUUUUCUCUUCGCCGAGUUGAUAAACAGUAUUUUUCUAGACGGGAAACUGUUUUUCUAUUCACGCAGGGUAGAAGAAUCGCGCGAACUCGAGGGAAACAAAAUCGAUUUCGAGAGACAAAACGAUACGAUCCACGCGUUUUCGUUUUCUACGCAUUUUACGUUGAAGCUGACACAAUUUCUUGUAUUCGAAGAAUUCGCGUUUCCUUUGAACGAUGCGUUAAAAGAAUCUGAGACGUGUUAACAAGUGAGAAAAAUCCACUUCGUGCAUCGAUUUCGAGCUGAAUAAAAGAAAGAAGAAGAAGAAGAAGAUAAAGAAGUAUGUCUUUUUAAUCGUUUGAUAAGGGAGAUGUAUAAAAACGUUUUCAACUGGCCGUCCUACAUAGAAUAUGGCGAAUGUUAAAUAUAUUAUUUGAAAGCUAUCCUACGUAUUUGCCAUAACUUAUUGAUGCGUGUAAAUUGUAACAAACGAUCCAACGUACUAACGGUAAAAAGAAAGAUGAAAAAGGAAAGAAAAGGUGUAACGAAAUGUAACACGCAAUAAUUUUGUAGACUUUAUGUUAUAAUAAAACCGAUGUUAAGAAAUA